AUUGCAUUUUUGCAUAUAAAAUAGAUUUGAUUGGAAAUAUAGAAUUUGUAAACUAUUUGGAUAUUUAAAAACAAGUGUUUAAUCCGAAUAAUCGGAUGUUCUGAAUAAAAUAUUCCAUGUGAAGUAAUAAGUUCAAAUAGAAAAACUUGUGUAUAGUGCGCAGUAAAACCAACAAAAAUCUCCUAAGGAAUUUAAUAGAACGCAAAACAAAUGAUAAGAAUCCGGAGGAAGAUGGGUCCUCAUCAACCACUGACACCGAAUAACAACAAGGAAUGGAUAUGUUGUUUCAAUCUCCAUGUCCUAACAGCAACUAUAAUGAUUGGACUCUGGCAUUUGUUUUUGAAUAUCCUCGCUCUAAGCCUAUUGGCGGUUAUUAUGCGUAACCCUCACAUGAUGGAAGAACUGGAAAACAGUUACGAUUACAAUGUCGACAUGAAUGCCCCAGCUUUGCCAACACCCCUGAGUAAAGUUGAUCCCCCCUUUGCCUAUCGCGAUCACUCGCUUAUCUACCGCAAACAAUACCAGAGCUAUGACAUGGGCGGUCUAGUCUGUACUUGCAUGAUUGCCAUUACAAUGAUGAUGAUUUAUGGAGCUAUAAAAGGAAAACCAUCACACCUGCUGCCCUUCUUCUGUCUCCAGUUAUUCGACUUUGCCAUAACCACCUUGACCGCUGCUGGUUAUUUGUGUUACCUUCAAGCUAUCCAUCGUCUAAUAGACGAAUCUCAUCGUUUGCCGUGGCGUGAGAAGCUCUUGGAGCUGUCCCCUGAAGAACUUGUCAUUGUGGUCCUGAUUGUUUUUGUUUGCAUUGUUUUCCUGAAAGCUUAUGCCAUCGGCAUUGUCUGGCGUUGCUAUAAGUAUUUAACUUUGAGGCAACAAAGUAUGCGCACAUUGUUGCCUAUGGGCAUCUCUGACUUGGCUGGAAGCAGCGUGGGUUCCGAGGAACGGGCAUAUUCAACUCUAUUGCCUAAUUACGAUGAAGCAGUUGCAGCAUAUAUGAAGCAAGCCCCACCCCCAUCUUAUCAAGUAGCCAUGUCUAAUUUGCCCAGGGAGGAACCCAAUAAUGGCCCCGAAAUAAAUGUAGCUGCUGGAGCUGACGAAGACAACAAUAAUGACACUUCAAACAACAACAACACUGUACACAUUAAUAACAAUACGCCAACCAUGAGGCGCAACAAUAACGUUUCGGGUGACAGUGCAGUGGCCAUCGUUGGAGACUCAAAUAACGAUUUAUCGCCGCCACCUUCGUACAAUGAAGUUAUUAUCGAACCAGAAUUGCCCACAAACAAUGGUCCAACAACUGGAGGAAGUAUCCAACAUUUAAAUCCAUCCAGCUCUACUAACGUUCAGCCUAAUAGCAAUGAAAGUCACGCAUAAUUCAAGUUCGUGACAGUGACAGGGGUUUAAGCAGUUGUUUUAGUUAUGGGUUGUGGUUGAAUUUUUCUAAGAUAGUCUUCGGUUUGGUAGCUGUGCAGUCGUUGAUGAGAAGUCAAUCAAUUCUAUUGGCAUCUCAUUUUUAACACGAAACAUGUUACCGAACUUGUUACUUGACAUGUUUGAAACGUUGUUUUAGUCGAAUGCAAACCCCUUUUUUGGAACAUGUUUUUUCUCUAUUUUUAUCACUUAGUCUUGUAAUUGUGACAAGAACGCGCACCCCAAUACAUUUAAAUUACUACACAAAUUAUGAUAUGUUAUAAAGGAUAACGCCAAUAUUAGUUACUCAAAAUAAAAAAAGACAUACACCUCACGUUAUGUAUUAAUCCGAAACGCAGACAAUUUUCUACGUUUAAACUCUCGUAUAAUUUCAAUCAAUAAACCAUGAAAUUCCUUUAGCCGUAGUAUGCUGUCCAAUUCUUAAUCAGUAUAAAUUGCAAUCUGCUGCUGUAGUUGUUUCACAAAAUUGCAAACAAAUUGGCUCUUUGUUUAUUUUACAUUAUUCUUUUACUUACAUAUAUAUAAUAUAUAUUUAAAAAAAAUAUUAA